AUGGCACUGCCUCUUCUGGGAAAAUGGGAGUAUGGGAAGCAGCCGUCCCGCAAAAACUACGAGAUCAAGCUCUUGCAGAACGGGACUCUGAGAUGGGAAGGCCCCCACUCGAGAGGCGGCAUGCUGUCCGGCCUUCUCGAGGAAGACGAGGAUGGUUGGUACUUUGCACACCUGCUGACGGGCCAGAACGAGCCCAUCGGCUCCAUCCGGGUGCGGCAGCAUGCUACCAGAAGAGAUGCAAUUGUUUCCAACUUUCGCAGCCAUUCCAUGGGUGAGUGGGGAAGCAACAUCGUUGCAGAGCGAGAGAGCGAGGAGCAGCCGCGUCGAAGACCCGUCUUUGAGGCACCAGCGCCCGAAGAAUCGCUCCCACUCGGCCCGGCUGCUUCGAUGGGCACAGCCGAGGUGAAGCUUGCCCUGAAAGGGUAUGGCGUCACCAAGCUGGAGCGCUACGAGAGCAGGGAGCAGUUGGUGGAUCUCUUGGAAACAGUUGAGAGCUCCCUUCCUUUGAUAGGAACUUGGGAGCAGGAGCGAAACAGGAAGCAGUACGAGAUCCAGCACACUGAGGAUGGGCAGCUGUUCUACGAGGGUCCACACAUCCUCGGCGGCACAUUGGUCGGGGUGCUCUACGAGGAGGAGGGCUGGCUGAGAGCGGAGCUGCUGACGUGCAAGGAAGAGUCCGAGCUCGUCGGUUCCGUGCGGGUCACGCAUGGUCCAGACUGGAAUGAGAUGACCCUUAGCUUCAAGCCCAGCUCGAGCCACUGGGGAGCGGAAGUCGUUGCCAGGCGGCUCUCCGAGGAGCACCAUCCACGCAGGCCGAGGAUGCUACCAGCCGACGACCGCAAUGAACCCGAAGACGAAGUAGAAUCCCAUUACUGGGAGUCUCUGGAGGUUCUCAGCCAAGCCUUACGUGUAGAGCAUGCCGCAGCUCCUCCAAAAGAGCGCCGAGCAAACUCAUGGUCCCGCACUCUGGCCUUUGCUCAGAUGACGCUGGGGAUCCGCGGAUAUCCCAUGCGUUCAGGAUCAAAGGAGAAGCCGUUCGUCAUCUGGGUCAUAGGAGCAACGGACGAAGUCGAGGUAUCUCUUGCCGAGCAAGGCUUCUUUAGAGAUGUCAACUGGCUAGACCGUGCCUCUACGAAGCUGUACAUCAUCGGUGAGAACCUUCUCGAGCACUUUGUUCCGGAAGAUCAGGAGAAGCAGGUCAAAAGAGUGGAUGCUCCGAGCAAUGCCUCGGUGACGAAGGACGAUGUGGCGAGUUAUGUGGUUGUGCAUCCACGUGUUUUUGUGCGAGAGCAGCCUUCGGUGGAUGCGAAAUACGUCGGCGAUCUCUUCGAAGGCACGGAAGUGCGCGGCCGAGAAGAAGAUGGCUGGUUACGGUUGGAUGCAGCCAGUGCCGAAUUAUGCACGCGAGUGCGCCAGCGUCACAGUGGAGGGCCCGCGUGGGUGCUCCUUCAUGGUCGCCAGCUUGGCCUGGGAGCCUUUCUGCAGAAGAAGCUCCCGUCUGCGACCCAAGAGGCAGAACACAAAGGAGAUCCACGGCUGCAUCCCGGAAUCCGCACAGCCUGCUAUGAAGAGGUCCCGGAUCUGCUUGAGAACGACCCGCCGGACUUGAUUUCUCUUUUGAUGCCCAACUUCAUGCGAACGGACGUUGAGGAUCCCCAGCAAGGCUAUGUGCCAGAGGAGGUGCUGGAUCUACUUCCUCCUGAGGCACUGGUCGUUUUCUCCAGCCGCUUCCAGCUGAGCCAGGAGAAGGUUCUGCAAGAGAUGGGACCUGAUCUAGUCCUGCCACAGACCCGCUGCCCCUUCUCAGCUGGCGCCGGGGAUCCGAAUGUGCACUAUGAUGACAAUGGGUGGAUCUUUGCAACCAGGGCCGCUGCUGUGUCUCGCGUCCUACGUCACACACCAUCUCCUGGCAUGCUCAAAGGGAGCCGAACACAGAAGGUGAAGACCCUCUUCUGGGGAAUCGUGGAUUUGAAGUACGAUGCCUUCAAGCCAGUUCUCGAUCGCAUCCAGGUGCUGGAGACUGGCGAUGGCCGUAUCUCCAAGUUCUCAGGCGAUGGUGCCCCGAUACAGAAGACUUUCGAGACACAGUACCACUUGGAGGAGGAGGAUGUGGAAUUGCAGACCUACAACUUCAUAUCCAAAGACAAAAAGCUCACGCACGACCUUUUCGACGUCACUGGCUUCGCACACAUUAUACCGGCGCAGGUAUGUUUCCCCCGCGUGUACUACGCGGGGAUCGCGAGCCACAUCUCGGCGGAAUUGGGUUUGAAAGAGAAUGAUCUCGUGGUUCUGAAGCUUUGCAAUCGAUCUCGAGCUGCAGGAGUUUUGAUCUCGCAUGUUCGUGAGCUGGAAGAUGUGCUGCAGGACAUCCUGGAGCCGCCUCAAGAUCUCGAGGCUUGGUUCCGGCCACGCUUGCAACACUUGGUGCACGCGGCUGGCGACCUCGUGGACAAAGACUCCUACGAGGAACAUGUGAGACACUGGUGGGCAAAUGAAAGCCCCAGCUUUGUGGCCGAGAGGUGUUGCUUUUCCAUGCCAACAAUGAGCGGUGGCAGGGCGUUUGAUGGGACGAUGCGGGUUGGCUUUGCGCUCCAUCGCAGGACCGGAGCCUCGGAGUCCCUGACUCCUGAAGACAUUCAAGUUGAUUGGCUCGGCGGCUACUGGAAGCUACCCCAGGCAGACAUGACCUCGGACCACGUAAGGGCGCGGCUGAUCAGCCAAGCUAAAACAGGCACGGCUGUGGUGAAGCGCUACAUUCUGACGGAGGUCUACGCUGCCCUCGGCCCCGCCCUGCAGCAACUCUUCGGGGCUGCAGAGUUCACGCCCGAGCGGUUGCAGGAGCAGUACAAGAGCCAACCGGAACUUGCCGCAUACCUCAUUGCGAGACGCGCCAUGACGAUGAGUACAUCGGAGCAGCGCUCGCGUGACUUGCGUGACGUCGAAGCAUCUCUGAGAAGAUUUACGCCGAGCCCGGCCAGGUCUUGUGUCGCGUCCUUUGUGCAUCGUGCGAACGGUGUGCUGCUGGCGCGCGGAUCUGCACCGGAUCGUUGGAAAGAUGCGCAGGAACAUUUCGUGAAGGCUUUGGAAUCCUUUCCGUCAAACUCCAAUGCCCUCUUCCUCCUCGGCAUGGGAGCACUGGAAAUGGGUUUCUUGGAGAGUGCAGUGGAACUGAUGAACAAGAGCCUUCUUCUGGAUCCGGAUUUUCGUGCGCCCUAUGUGAAUUUGGGCGUGGCCUACUUGCGGCAAGCCGCUCAGAGUUCCGAGAACUCGCAGCGCCUGCAGGAUCUGUACUUCCGUGUCAUCGAGGUGUCGGAGUCCUGCCUUGCGCGCCACCCUGCUUCGCCUCAGUGCCACUACCACAUCGGUGUUGCGUCCACCCAGCUCGCAUUGAUGCUGCAAGCACACGCUGCACACGCCACCAACGGCGACAGCCUCGACAGCCUCCGCUUCAGGGAGUACCGAAGCCGGGCACGGGCUGAGCUCGAAGAAGCGAGGAGAAGUCCAGAGGCACAUCGACGGCUUAGCGAAUGGCAGGAGGCGCAAGCCAAGGGAAAGCCGAAGAAGCAACAGGCGCCAUGGCUGGCUGUGGACGACAAGAUGCUCCAAGCGAUGGAGGUCGACAUGAUGCGUGGGCAGACUUUAAAGCCCAUCAAACUUCCGGACUUCAUCGGGUUGUUUGUGACGCCCAACAAGAGCAUUCAAGACAUUCGCCUUCUGGGAGCCCUUCUCUGGCUGAGCACAGCCACGUUCCAGAUGAGUUUUAGAGCGUUAGCGAGGACUUCGACAAAGUUCUUGCUUGUGGGGGGCUUGACUAUGCCAAACACCCGACGUGUCAAGACUGUACUCUGCCGCAGCCAAUGGCCCCUUUCAGCCGUUCCUGCAAUGAAGACGAUUGGUCGAACUUGCUGCUUGCUGGUGGUGGUGUCCGAAGCAGCUGCAUAUGGCAGAAGUUUAAGAGCACCCCCGCCGGCACUGGUGGCAGUCCGGACGGCAGAACUCCACAAAGUGUGCGAAGCGUGCGGCGAUGCGGGCUUGAACACACUCCAGAAAUCUUCGGAGUACUGCGAUGAGAUGCACGAUCAAUGCACAUGUUGCCUGAAGGCAGUAAAGGCGAAGUAUAGCGAGAUUUGCUCCAAGUACAUGGGCUUCGGUGGCUGUAUCAACGGCAUCAAGGCUGCUAUCGAGGAUAAGGACAAGGAGUGCAAAGAGAAGCAGAAAAUUGCUGAUGCUUUGAAAGACCAGCAGAAGCAGAAGAUCGAGGAUGCAGUGGGCUCCGACAUUUUCGAUCUCCACAGUGCGAAGGAUCAGGGGAAGAUCGUAGACACGCCGUACAAGGACGAGUGCGCUGCCUACAACUCGCCCAACUGCCAGGAUCAGGAAGCGCUCUGCGGCUUUGACUCUGGUUGCGACCGAGAGCUCUGGAAAUGGACCUCAGAGCUCCAGCGAGUUGAAGACUGGCAAGGCAUGCUGGACAACAUACCGUGUUUCUGA